AUGAAUUUUUUUUUUUUUCGAAAUAAACGAGAUGAUAACACAAAUGAAAAUACAAAGGAACAGGGUGAAGAAAAAGUAACCCUGAAAAUAUAUUUAGAUGAAAUGUUUACACAUAGUGGUGAUAUAUUUAAAGCAGUAUUUGAAUUAAAUGGUCCAAAAAAAUCUAGCGAAAAUAUAGAAAUAGAUUUUAUUGUCAUAUAUUUAUAUGGAUUGUACAUGUUUAAUAAUGAAGUAAUAAAUGUGUGUGCCCCUGAAUUAAUAAAUAAACAAAAUAAUAUAAAUUUGCCAUUUUAUAAUAGACAGAAUUAUUAUAAUAAUCAAUAUUUAAUAUUCUAUACAAAUUCAAUUAUUUUAUCAAGUGGUAUUAAUUUUAAAAAAAAUAAUCAUACAUAUAUUUACAAUCUUGAGUUGCUUAUUCCGCCGUUUAUUCCUCCAACAUAUAAUGGAAAGAAUAUAAAAUUUAAAUAUUUUCUUUAUGUUCAAUCAGUUAAAAGGGUUUGUAUAAAAAAUAAUAAACAAUAUGAAACAAAAAAAUAUGAAGCAUGUUUUCCUAUUACUAUAUUAACAGCUAAAUAUACAAAUUCACCUGUUCUUGAUUUUUUUAAUUUUCCUAUUAAACCUUAUGGAUUAAAAACAUUCUUAAAAACAGGUGAUCAAAAAUAUAUAUUCCAUAAUUUUCGAGUUAAAGUAAAUGAAGUUUAUAUUAUUAAUACUAAUGAAAUAGACAAUAGUAAAUAUAAGAACACUAAAGAUAUAACUAACUUAGAAAGAACUCCAUUUAAUAGUUGUAUAAUACCAUCUUAUAUCUAUAAUGAUAAAUUUAAAGCAAACUUAGAUAAUUUACUUUGUAUAUAUAACAUCUGUUUCCAAAGAAAAAAUGAUUCUCCAUUACAUCUUAUCAAUUUUAUUGUAAAUAAUUAUAAUUACUUUUAUUUUAUUCAUCUAUUUUUUUAUUUAAUAUAUCAUCAUAAUUAUUAUGCUAACACUCUUCAGAGGACCCACUUUCCCGAUUUUACAAAUUUUAUAAAAACAUUAGCAUAUACUAAUUGUAUAGACAAGAAUAAUAAUAGCAAUUUUUCUCAAACCAAUCAUAAUCAUAGUAUUAUGGAAAAUGGUGAAUAUACUUUGGAAGGCAAGCAAAUGCAUGAUGUGUCUAUCGAUGUACCCACUACCCUUACUAACCAAAUAAAUCCAGAACCUUUUGAAAGUGAAAAAAAUAAAGAUAUAGAUCUAAAAACAGAGAGUGAAAAAGAAAAGGAAUUGGAAAGUAGUUCUACUAUGCAUGAUAUAGAAAAUAGAAAAAAAAAAAAAUCGAAACCCUCUCAAAAUUCUGAUUCCUACUUAAAUAAUAACAUUUUAUAUGGUGAUAAAGAUUUACAUAAUUUUUAUUUUUGUAAUUAUGAAAAUUUUGAAUUUAACGGACUUAAAUAUAUGCCAAUACGAUGGUUUGAUAAUCUAUAUGUAAAAUGUUCAUAUAAUGAAAAUGAUCCUGAUUUUAUCGAAGAAAAAAUUAAUAAUAAUAAUUAUAUAGUACCCUAUAGUGAUGAGGAUAGUGAAUCAUCUGAUAGUAACAAUACAGAUAUCGAAACCGGUUUGGAUUAUAAAAAAACAAAUGAAUAUAUUACUGAUCAGGUUGCAUCACAAUAUAUGUCCAUGAAUAGUGUAGAGAAAAAAAGUGAGGAACCAAAAAUUGUUUUUCAAAAAAAUGAAAAAAGGGAAGAACCUAAAAUUGGGUUUCAAAAAGAUGAAAUAAUAUACUAUGAUAAAUUUAUUGAAAAAAUUGAUACAAUAUUAAAUUAUAUGAGGACAGAAAAUAUGUUUAGACAUAUUAAUAGAAAAAAAAUAAAAAACAAAAUUCCAAGUUUAAUGGAUUUAUCUAACGAAAUAAAUAACAACCAAUGUAGUGAUGAGUUUGAUGGUAAUUAUAUGGGUGUAUUAAAAAGUAAAAAAAAUAAAAAUGGGAAUACAAAUUCUAUGAAUAUAUAUAAAGUAAACAUGAAUAAUAAAAAUGUAUGUAUAGUUACAUUAAUGGAUAAAUUUCAAAACAAAAUAACAAACAUAUUUAAUCGUAAUAGUAUUAUAAAUAUAAAUAUGAAUUUUGAGCAAGCAAAAAAUAUAUAUGUAAUACAUGCAGAUAUAUAUUUAAAAAGAGUUGAAAAAAUAAAAAUUAAUACAAGAUUUAUAAAUAUAACAACAAAUAAAUUAUAUGAUGAUACUGAUAUUAUAGAAAAAGGAAAUUCAACAAUUAGUGAUGAAUAUGAAUUUAAUAAAAAUUCGAAUGAUAAAUAUGAUUUAAAUUAUAGUAAUAUUACAAAUACAAAAAUAAUAUUUGAAAAAAAUGUGUCUACAUUAUAUUGUUCAAAUAAAAAUAUUACUUUUAUUUUAAAUGAACAGAUUAUACCACAAUUUAAAAACGAUUUAGUAAAAAUAGAAUAUUUUAUAGAUAUUAAUUUUUAUUGCCUGAACAAGCAAUAUAAUACAACCGAUUUAUUUGGUGUUAAUAAUAAUAUAUUAGACAAUAUAUAUAAUCUUAAUUUUAAAAUUCCGAUUACCGUUAUAGAAACAAUUUAUCAUACAUAUGAAAAUUAUUCAGGUAUUAAUUUUGCUGAUCAAACAAUUUCACAAUUGGAAAAGGAGCAAAUAAUGCUAAAAUAUAAUCACAAACUUUUAUAUACUAGCAAAGAAGAUCAUAUCAAAACUGUUAUUAUGUAA